AUGGGAACCAAAGUUCUAGCAACAACAUUCAGCGGCACGAACAAGAUCCGCGCAUAUGCGCACUGCGCAAGAGAUUCAGUAUGCAAUUCAGUACCUAUUUCAUCAGCAACAUCACAUCGGCAGCCAAAAAAAACUUCAUCUCCUAAAGAAUUCACGCUCAAUCUUUACUCUGCGUGCGUCCUCCUCGUCCAGCCAGGAAUCACUCUACUGCUGAUCAACCUCAGCGGCAACACGACGACCCAGGUCUCAGUGACGGUGACGACCCAAGGGACGGUGGCGGCGCACAAGCAUGGCGCAAGGAAGCACGUCGGCGGCAGGAAGUUCCGGCACGUCCACGGCCCCAGCUUCACCGGCGUCGACGAGGCAGCCGGCACCGUGAGAGAUGAGUACCAUCUCACCCCAAGGAUUGCAACCUGA